AUGGCGGCAGAACUCGGUGGCCUGGGGCCUCCAGCAGAAGACAUUAACAAGGGAGAAUCGGAGGCAGACAAAGGGCUCAUCACCUUCCUGACCCUCUUGAUAGCAAUGUUCCUGAUGUUGUUUCUGCCCAUGGCAGUAGGAGGAAUACUGUGCCUCGCUGCCUCCAUGGCAAUCAGGAAGGCCGGGGAGACUGAGCCGGACGCUACGGAGGUGGCUGCGGUAGUAACAGUGGUUCUGAUGGGGACCUCCGCUAUCUGCGGAGGUGUGGGGUUCCUCUUGGAAACAGCCGUAGGAGAACUGACUGACGUCCUCACCGUGUACCGAUACACUGUAGAAAUGGCUGUGAAAGUCAUCUUCAUCGUCGUGUCUCCUUUCAUGGCUGCGUUGGCAGCAGGGGUGUCGGUUCAGUUCGGUAAAGGAGCAGUCAAACUGAGGGCGGCGGCAGGCAUAGGAACAGGGAUAUUAGCAGCCUUGAGGUCCCAGUCUAUCCUGGGGCAUUGGGGCACGAUGGGGGCUCUGUUUGGUCCGGCGGCGGCUGCAGGGGUGGCUCUGUCUGCGGCUCUAAGGCGCAGCAGUAGCAGCUACGGGAAGGCAGGGAGGCUGGGGGCCACACUGGGGGCCAUGUGCGCCACGUGUGCUGGAGUGGGCCGGACUGGUUGUUUCAUCGUGAUUGACGCCAUGGUGGAGCGAAUCAAACACGAGAAGACAGUUGACAUCUACGGUCACGUGACCCUCAUGAGGUCCCAGCGGAACUACAUGGUGCAGACGGAGGAUCAGUACGCCUUUAUCCACGACGCGCUGCUGGAGGCCGUCGCCUGCGGCAACACCGAGGUUCCGGCGCGGAACCUUCACGCCUACAUCCAGAGACUGACCCAGAUAGAACCGGCGGAGAACGUCACGGGCACGGAACUGGAGUUCAAGCGGUUGGCCAGUGCGAAGGCCCACACCUCCAGGUUUGUGAGUGCCAACCUGCCGUGUAACAAGUUCAAGAACCGUCUGGUGAACAUCAUGCCCUAUGAGUCCACCAGAGUCUGUCUGCAGCCAAUCAGAGGAGUGGAGGGGUCAGACUACAUCAACGCCAGCUUCAUAGACGGAUACAGGCAGCAGAGGGCUUAUAUAGCCACCCAGGGCCCGCUGGCUGAGACUACUGAGGACUACUGGAGAAUGUUGUGGGAACACAACUCUACCAUAGUGGUCAUGUUGACUAAACUGAGGGAGAUGGGACGGGAGAAGUGCCAUCAGUACUGGCCAGCAGAGCGUUCUGCCAGGUACCAGUACUUUGUAGUGGACCCCAUGGCUGAGUACAACAUGCCCCAGUACAUCCUACGGGAGUUCAAGGUCACCGACGCCAGGGACGGCCAGUCUCGGACGGUUCGUCAGUUCCAGUUCACUGAUUGGCCGGAGCAAGGAGUGCCAAAGUCAGGGGAGGGGUUCAUUGAUUUCAUUGGCCAGGUGCACAAAACUAAAGAGCAGUUUGGCCAGGACGGACCAAUCACGGUGCACUGUAGUGCUGGUGUGGGGAGGACAGGGGUCUUCAUCACUCUGAGUAUCGUUCUGGAGAGGAUGAGAUAUGAAGGAGUAGUGGACAUCUUCCAGACUGUCAAGAUGCUGCGAACACAGAGACCUGCCACGGUUCAAACUGAGGACCAGUACCAGUUCUGUUACCGGGCCGGUCUGGAGUAUCUGGGCAGCUUCGACCACUAUGCAACAUAAUCCCUCCCUCUGGCCUGCGUCCCAAACAACACCCUAACUCCCUGUGUCGUGCACUACUUUAGACCACAGUGUAUUCUCACUUCUUUAGACCAGUGUGCACACUCAAAAGUAGUGCACUACUGAUUAGUGCGCUACACAGGGAAUUAGGGGCCAUUUGAGAUUAGGCCUCCACCACCUCCAGAGGGCAGGGCACCCAUGGCGCCACUCCUCCCCCAAAACGAGCACCUAAACUGAGCCAUAUUUGCGUGUCUGACCGGGGGAUACCUCCAGACCCCAACCCAAACCCACUCACUACUCAGUCAGAAGUGCACUACUUUGUGCAUUAUAUAGGGAAUAAGGCACCAUUUUGGACGCGAACUGGCACUACUUAACAAUGGAUUGAGGAUCCAAUGGACAGUAGACAGUCAGGGGGACAAGUCUUUACAUGGUAAAGAUAGACAGUCAGGGGGACAAGUCUUUACAUGGUAAAGAUAGACAGUCAGGGGGACAAGUCUUUACAUGGUAAAGAUAGACAGUCAGGGG